AUGGAAGCCUAGAUGCCUCACCGCAAGGAGCGGCCGAGCGGGUCCUCACUUCACACGCACGGCAGCGGCACCGCGGAGGGAGGAAACAUGUCCCGGCUAUCUCUCACCCGGUCGCCCGUGUCCCCCCUGGCUGCCCAGGGGAUCCCACUGCCAGCUCAGCUCACCAAGUCCAACGCGCCUGUGCACAUCGACGUGGGCGGCCACAUGUACACCAGCAGCCUAGCCACGCUCACGAAGUACCCGGACUCCAGAAUAAGCCGCCUCUUCAACGGCACCGAACCCAUCGUCCUGGACAGUCUGAAGCAACAUUAUUUCAUCGACCGGGAUGGGGAGAUUUUCCGCUACGUCCUGAGCUUCCUGCGGACGUCAAAACUGCUGCUCCCGGAUGACUUCAAGGACUUCAGCCUGCUGUACGAGGAGGCGCGGUACUACCAGCUGCAGCCCAUGGUGCGCGAGCUGGAGCGCUGGCAGCAGGAGCAGGAGCAGCGGCGCCGCAGCCGGGCCUGCGACUGCCUGGUGGUGCGCGUGACGCCCGACCUGGGGGAGCGGAUCGCGCUCAGCGGCGAGAAAGCCCUCAUCGAGGAGGUCUUCCCCGAGACCGGGGACGUCAUGUGCAACUCGGUCAAUGCCGGCUGGAACCAGGACCCCACGCACGUCAUCCGCUUCCCGCUCAACGGCUACUGCCGGCUCAACUCGGUGCAGGUCCUGGAGAGGCUGUUCCAGAGGGGUUUCAGCGUGGCCGCGUCCUGUGGGGGCGGCGUGGACUCCUCCCAGUUCAGCGAGUACGUGCUUUGCCGGGAGGAGCGGCGACCACAGCCCACUCCCACUGCUGUCCGGAUAAAGCAGGAGCCCUUGGACUAGGCCCUGCCUCACUGCCCACCUGGGACACCCCAGGGACCUGGAAAUAGUGCUGGGGCGUCUUCCUGUGUGCUCAGCAGUGGGCAUGAGACCGAGGGCGGGGCUGGAGGGGCCAAGCUGGCCCAGGGAGCACCAGGGCCCCCGGCGUCAUGGCAACAGAAUGUGGGGUGCUGGAGGCAUGCCCACUGAAGGACUGUUGAUGUGACCCAAAGAUGCCAUGGUGGGAACUCCGCUGCCAGCUCUCCCCGCCCCUUGCCCCCCGGCCUGGUGCAGCGUCCACAGCUACUCCAGAGGCGCUGUUUGUGCUUCUGCACGAGUGGCAGAGUCUGUGGGUCUCCUCGAGUCAGAGAUGGCUUAUUUUUCUACAGUAUUUAAAGCGGAAGCAAAUGUGACUGCACACGUCGGAGAGGCCGACAAGGACCAACACUUCUUUAUCUGGUGCUCAGUUCUCGGUCAGGCGUGCAGCGCGCCCACACGGUGGAUGAGCUGCCCGGCGUCGGGCCCAGCUGCCUGCAGAGCUGGGGCGCUCGGGACAGAUGCAGGGAUGAUUGCCGCAGAGCCAAGCAGGGCCCCCAGGGGCAGGGCUGCUGGGAGGAGGGCGUGGGGGCUGGGUGGCUCUGUAACCACCUGGGGCUCAGGCUGCACUUGGUGGGUCACCUGACCUGCUCACGCCCAGGGGCUUCCAGUCCUGUCUGCGUGUCCUCCCACCUGGGCUCCUGGAGAAGUCUCCUCCCAUUCGGACCAGCCACAGGGCCAGGGCCGCACCUUACCUCAGGAAUGGGCCCCGCCAGGAAGGGGCCCAUCUCUCAGCAUCUCCUCUGGGUCCCCAGCUCAGGGAGCCAUCCCCAGCUCCAACUUUCUUACGCUAACAUGCACACCGAGUUUUAAUUAUACCUGUUAUGCUUGCCUGCCGAUAAGACCCGGACACAGGCACACCUAGCCCUCUUGACCCCAAAUUCCAAUGAGAACUGGCCCUGAGGGGUCCUCACAGACCUGCUGCCUCCCAGAUGACAGGCCCAAAGACGGACCCUCCCCGGCCCUGUGUCGUCCCCAAGUGCUGGCCCUUCCUGGGUGGGGAACCUGCGGAGAACUGGUGGGUGGGGCUCCCUGGCCUUCUCCACCCUGUGUACAAUGCCUGUAGACUUGUAUAUGACUCCUUUAAUAUUGUAAAGAUGCUGAUGUAUAAUUGUUGUGUGUUUGUGUGAGCACAUUCCGUUCCUAGUUCAUGCCAUAAACGAUGCUACAAAGCGAAAGACUGAGGCUCCAUCCUGUGCAGAAGCAGCGGCUGGAUUCCUGCACUUGAAGUUGUGCGGGGAGGUUUGGGGGUGGAAUUCCUCCCUCGGUUUCUUCAGUUCAGAGGAGUAACCGGCAGUGGGAGCUGGGGGAGGAGCAGGGGCCGGUCCUGAGCUUGGUGUUAUUUAUUGCAUUUGGGUGUUUCCUUGCUGCUUCUGUCUGUCCCCUCUGGGCAGCGCAGAUUCUGAAUUCUGAUGCACAGCCUCUAACCAGAUGCAAACCAGGGAAAGACGUCCAGGGGCUUUUGAACUCAGUCUUAAAUGCUUGGGAUUUUUCUCUCUCACUGUCUUGUGGUUGGGGUGACAUCCUCUUUAGAGCCCCACAUGGCAGCAUGGAGAAGGUGGCGGGCCAUGGCUCAGGCCAGCCAGUGGCACAGGGACAUGCAGCCAACAUGCAAGCUGCAGAGCACCUAAGUCAGAAUAUGAUCUCAGUAUGUCAAAGGGAAGGAGUUUGAAUGAAUUCACGUAGAUCUCCCAUUUUAAUGAGCCUUUUUCUAUUUUUCCUCAAAGCCUUUAUGUUCUAACCCAGGAGGACCCUUUUACCUGCCCCCUAAGGGCCACCAGCCUCGACCUGCCUCAGACGACAGGAGCACACCCAGCCACCUCCUGUCUGAGGCUGCAGAGCAGCUGCCCUCCCUCUGUACAAUCUAAUUUGCUGGACAAACUUGCUGGGCUUCUCCUCUGCUUAGCAACGCGCCUACAGUUGGCACAUCUGCAUUUUGACAUCUGAGAGGAGGAGAAAGCUUUGUGUUUAUUAGAAAGGAAGUCUUGUGAAAAUAGCUCGAUGCUACGUGUGUUUAUGGCUUUUUCUGGUGUGAUAGCAUGGUUAUUUACUGAUUGGGGGAGAUUCUCCAACAUUUCUGAAGCAAACUAUAUUUUUAAUUAAAUCAUCAUGCUAAAAAAGAAGGAGAGAAAAAGAGUAACCCUAUCUGAUUAAAUGUUACUCUGUUUCUUUACUAAUUAAGUAAAAUCAGGAAGUGUGAUUUUACAUCAACUUGGGAAUAUCUGAAUUUGUAGGGAAAGACUGUGCUCCCAUAGUACUGCUGUAAUUCUAACAGACCUAGUCUCCAUAAAUAAGUACAAAUUAUCUAUUCCUUUGAAACAUAUUUACACUUCCUGGAAUGAAUAUAUUUACAAGUAAUCUUUUGUCAAAUACCAGCAAUAUAGAUGUUAUUUCUGCUCUUCAUAAUCCUCACAACUAUUGUUGAUUGUGAGCAACAGGUCAGAGCCGUGCCAAAGCUUCCCUCUUUGCUACCAAGCCCCUGCCAGUGACUGCAGAGGACCCGCAAAGCCACAGCAGGUGGCCACCAUCCCACUCAUGGGGCUCCAAGCCAGGUCACAACACUAAUAAUCUUUCAAAAAGUGCGUUGAGUUUUUUUUUUUUUUUAAAGCUACUACUUCACUGUGUUCCUUAGAAUAAAUAAAGGAUAUUUUAUAAAUUA